GCAGCAUUUCUGUCUUCUCUAGCUCUGGUUUCCACUCGAGCUGGUUUUUAGAGAGAACGAUGGGGCUUGCUACGACCCUUUUCUCUUCAAUGUUCUCCGCCUCAGUUAGCACCACCAGAAGUAACCCAUUUCCCAUCCGCCACGGCCGCCACCUCCUCCUCCGCCGCCUCCGCUUCCUGUCAACCCCUAAAAGCUGCAGUUUAAGUUCUCAGAGAUCAUUUCCCAAGAACACCGCCCGCCGAGUUUCAUGUAGUGCGGUGGAAGUGGAAGAUGGAACAGAUGAUGAAACUUGCGAAUUAGUCAACGGAGUGGAGCUUUCCCUAGGAGAAGGCGUCGAUAGCUUCGAAGCUUACCUUUUUAAGGCAGUGAAGAACAACAACGGAACUGGGUUGUUGCUCUUGUCUGAUCUCUUCGGCUUUGAAGAUUCAUCCACGAGAGACUUUGCGUACCGCAUUGCUUGCAAUGGUUACAAUGUUCUGGUUCCGGACUUGUUUCGUGGUGAUCCAUGGCCAAAGGAGAAGCCAAGAACUGAAUUUGAGCGAUGGAUGGGUGGACAAGACCCGAAGAGGGUUGCAACAGAUAUUGCCAUGGCAACUAAAUGGAUGGUUGAUGAAUUCAUGGCUGCCGGGAUCUCAAAGAAGCUUGGGGUAAUUGGGUUUUGUUUUGGAGGUGGUCGGGUGAUCGACGUGCUUGCAGCAGACCAGGGAGCUUGUUUUGGUACUGGGGUCUCAUUUUAUGGCACCAGGAUGGAUCCAUCGACAGCAUCCAAAGCGAAGGUACCUGUGUUGUUUAUUUCAGGGGACAAUGACCCGCUAUGUCCUGUUAGUGUUUUGAGUGAUUUGGAGAAGAGAAUUGGGAUGGGAUCUAAGGUGAUGAUUUUCAAGGGAAGAGGUCAUGGGUUCGCCCAUCGACCUGGAUCGCCUGAAGAAGACUCUGAUGCAGAGCAGGCUUUUGGAGCAAUGAGGAAUUGGCUACAUGAUGGCUUAGUUGAGAAGAGUUAGUUAAGUGCUUAUUUGUACUCUAAUGUAUAUUUGAUGAAUAAUCCGGACAAAAGAAUGUAUGUAUUUUUCUGGAUAAUUCUUAAGCUGAACAAAAAAACCCUACCACU